AUGGCCAUGUGGCGAGAGAUAGUGCAGCUGAUAGUCGCGCAGGCCCUGGGCAGUUCAGCAGCAGAGGAGGAGGGCCGGUUGAGGACAUUUGUGUUGCUACAGGUGCUGGUGAUGAUGCUGCAGCGGAUCGGCAAGGUGAUUUGGGCUGGCGGAAUUGAGGUGCUGGUGAACGCUAUGUACGCGCCUAGGGAGAAAGAAGUGGCAAUGCGGGCAGCCACCACGCUGCUCGGGCUGCUAGACACAUCAGACGCGGCAGUAUCCAAGCGGCACAUGCGGCAGGCAGCUGGCUGCGGGUUUCUUGAGGUGCUCAGCGAAACACUUCUGCAGUCAGCCAAUGUCUUGGCUCGAGGCAGCAGCAAGCAGAGACAGCAGCUAGACGCUGUGCUUGUGUCGUUAUGUGCGGCUAUGGCAAAGCAGUUUGCGCUGCGCACUGAGUACCACCGGCGGAUGAUCGACCUGGUAUUUCUGUCUGCAUUGCUCGGUGUCGCACGCCAGCCAAUGUCUGAGCUUGAGCUUUUGCGCAUGCCGAUGGUGCAGCUGCUGGAGCUGGGCGCUGUCGAUGUCAUCACUGCAUGUGUCCGCCAGGAUGACCAGGGAAUGUCCCCAUGGUGCAUUGGGUUUCUGCAUGAGUUCGUGUCGCGAAUUCCAAACAUGCUUGCCGACCACACUGAUAAAGAGCUGCUGGAUGUGGAGGCAACCACUGAACAGAUCGAGCAGUUACGUGAACGUGCACUCAGCAUGCGAGGCACUCUCUUUAUAACAGUGGCGCAGCACACAGCUGUCACUAAUGACAAGCAAACUGCACGAUUCAAGAACAGACACAAGGUAAUGGAGUUUGAGGUUGGAACAGCAGUCCUUAUCCGCGGCAAGCACAUGCACAAACUAGCACCUGGCACCUACAAGCUGGAGGACAUGACAUGUGAACCACUGUUGCGCAAUUAUAUGACGUCACAGCUUAUUCCUCUUGCGUCAGCGCCCGACUUUGAUGAAACACAUGUCGAGGUGUUAGCCAUCACUGGGCACAAGAACACACGUGGUGGUAUCCGCUACUUAAUUGACUGGAUUAAUGGCGACAGCACCUGGGAGCCAAUAAGCAACUUUGAAUCACUGGAUCUGAUUCAGGAGUACUGGGACAAGAUUAGCGACCAGUCUCGUAGGGAGUGAUGUGGUGCCCAACACACAUUCCAGGCUACUAUCUUCCCUUUUCAAGAACCAAGAUCGCCCUCAUGGCCACUAUGCACAUUUCUGUUAUUGCUGGCUGACAACAAGGAACACCAUGAUGUUUACAGCGCUGCCCCCUUUUUCCAGCUCCUUAAGUAAUUU